CUUUCAGUAGAAAGUUAAGUUCAAUCAUAAAAAUACAAGAUGAUCUUCCCCGUGGCCCUCAUUUCUGCCAUUACCCUAAUUUCCGCCUCCUUGGGAUCGGAAGAAACCUGCCAUCCCCUGGAAGAAGAGUGCGAGACCAUUAAUGUGCAACGGUACUUCGAGAAGUGCCACAAGAAGGAUGUCCAACUUCUAAGGUGCAUGACAGACUAUUCGGAACUUCAGAAACAAUACUCGGAUUUGCAGAGCGAGGAUCUAAAACAAUAUGCCCAGAUAUCCAAAUGCCAACAGAGUUAUUCGGACUUGGUGAGAAAGCAUUGGGAAGUGCAGAGUCAACUUAGUGAUGAGAAAGUUAAAAAUGAGCAGUUGCAUUCGAAGCAUCUGGAAGUUGAAAAUCUAAAAGCUCUAAUAAAGCAACAAAGUGAGGGAAUCGACAUCCUAAAAGAUCAAAUUAGGGAACUAAAAGAAAAAAGUGAACUUGCAACGUUGACUAAUCAGUUCCGCGAAAACAUCGAUAAGUUGGAAAAAAUAGUAAAGAACGGAGGAAUUCAUGAAAAUAAUCCAACGAAGUCGGAAGUAGGAACUGGGGAGGUCCCAACAACUCCACUGCCUAAUAUUAAGAUUGAGACGACGCCCAAAACAGAAACCAUAGAUUUUCCAGAUCCUUGUCCACGAGACCAAGAACAAUUAAGAGUCCUCCGCGAAAUCAAACUACCAGGCUUAGACCCGUUUAAAGUGGUUUGUAGAUCAGAUUCGUCUAUUGGAUCUAGAUGGUUGAAGGUUCUUAAAAAAAUGUCUCAUUCACAAAUAUUUAAUCGCACGUAUGAGGAUUAUGAACGUGGAUUUGGCGAUGUCGGAACUGAUGGUUCCGGUGAGUUCUUUAUUGGACUCAAUCGAUUGCACCGUCUGACCAGUGGAAAGCGUAAUGAAGUAGUUUUAUACGACACUUUGGGGCGAAGCAGAUGCGACCAUUUUAUUGUGGGCGAUAGAAGCGACGGGUACAAGGUGAAAAGUAUUGGCAAUUGUAAUGGAUACGGCGCGAUGAGCCCUAAGCAGGACUCCAAAUUUUCCACCUUCGAUAGAGAUGAGGAUGGAGUUCCUGAUCGUAAUUUGGCGAAGGAAGAAGGCUUUGGCUGGUGGUUCGACCCUGGUGUGAGUUCUGCACCUUAUAGCCCCGAAGAGUUUUACAUUAAUAUGUACAUCCGAAGAACAGAUUGA